AUGGACGACCUGACGGCCAUUCACACGGUGCACAUUUCUCUACGGGCCGGUUAUCUGUACCAAGAUUUUAUACUUCACCCGCCUGCCACUUAUGAAGAAGCCAUCCGUAGAGUGACGGAUUAUGCCAACGUCGGUGAGGCAAAUGCCGUCAAGAGGUCACAAGAGGUCGGCACAUCGUCUCGAAAUCCUUCUGGCCGGGCGGAUCAUCGGUCGGUUGAAGAUCGUCCCCGACCCCGAACCCGACCGGGAGAGUUCACGGCAUUAAACCGAUCUGCGGCGGAAGCCAUGCAAUACGCCCAAUCUUCUAAUCUUAUUCGUCUACCUCAUCCCGGGCCGGAUGGGAAGGAUAAGUCGAAGCAUUGCGCUUAUCAUCGAUGUGCCGGGCAUGACACGGAGGAAUGCACGCAUUUAAAACAGCUGCUGGAAGAUUUACUCCAAUUGGGGAAGUUAGAUAAGUGUGUUGGCAAGAGAGUAGAGAACAAAAAAACGAGCGAAAGAAAAGAUCAUAGGCGGUCUCAUCAUCGUUCUGACCGAUUGGAUCAGGACCGAAGGGAUCCCGAUCCCCCGUCAGAUGGACGAUCAGCAUCCAAACCGACCAUCCAUGUUAUAUUUGGGGGUUUGGAAGAUGCUUCCCAGGCUCGGGAAAGUUGUCCGAUCGCGAUCAUUGACUCCCGGGAAACCGGUAAGAGGCAAAAGAUGGAAUCAAUAACCUUCUCUCUAGAAGACCAGCCGGAAAGCGGAGACAAUGGGAUGGAAGCCCUUGUUGUCACGAUUGAUAUUAUGGGAACCGAUGUCCAAAGAGUAAUGGUGGACACCGGGAGCAGUGUGAACGUCCUUUAUUUGGACGUGUUUGAGAAGCUAAAAUUGGACAAGCGAGAGCUGAUUCCGGUCGGCGUGCCCUUGUCAGGAUUUACCGGGGCUACCAUUCGCCUUGAGGGAAAUAUUGUGCUCCCGGUUGAGCUUAGAACCCCACCAAGAUCAGUAAAGACAGAGUUGGAAUUUUGUGGUGGUCAACCUUCAUUGUGUUCACAAUGCCAUCUUGGGCCGACCGGCUAUUAUGAGGGUCGGUGGAAUCAUUUCAAUGCCUUAUUUAUGCAUGAAAUUCCCAACCCCGGCCGGCGUCGGAGUUUUACGAGGUGA